AUGACCACGCUUUCAGGAAAGCUUACUGGAAUAACACUUCCAAUUGAUCAUUUUGGUAGCCAUUUAAACAGCCAAGAAAAAGUUGUUGAUUCAGAAUUAGCAGCACAAAAUUUUCAUUAUGCAGGUGAAGCUUUAUGUGAAAUAUGGUGUUGCAAUUCUAUUUUUGGGAAAAAGAUUGAAGCAACCUACAUCGAUAAAACUACUGAUCCAUUUGUUGAGCUUGAAUUUAUUGGUGAAGAACAAGAAAAAAAAGGAAAAGAUGUUGAAAAUAUAGAAAGACAUUGCAACCUGUGUCAAUAUGCACUUGAUAUAAAACGAUGUGAUGAUCUUGAAUGUUGUGACCCUAUAAGAGCUGAAGAAGCUAUAGAUUUUCUUAUAGCUAGUAAUGGCUUUCUUCCUCCCGAUAUGAUUUUCACUGUUCUUCUCUCGAUAAAGAAACAUAUUCUCGACUCUGCUGCUCAGUUUGCAUAUCCUUCUGCUUGUGGAAGGCCCCAAAAAGAAGUUUCAAAAACUCAAGCAACAAAUUCUACAGUAUUUGACAAUUUUAUGAUGUUGCUAUCACAAAAGAGUACUCAAAUGCUUACCUACAUUGAG